AUGGCGAAUAUACAUCUGACUCCUGAGAAACCUAAGUAUGAGGGUGGCUCGUGGUACGUUGAAGGGCAACUAAAUGAACACAUCUGCGCCACGGCACUGUUCUACUAUGACAGCGAUAACAUCACCGAGUCUCGUCUUUCGUUUCGUAAUCAUGUGUAUAUAUACAACUUAAGAGAUAGGUUUAGUUACUCUCAGGGAUACCACCAUGGCAUUGAAGCGAUCUUUGCCAUCAAGACCAAAGGGGAUAAGAUGCAGGAUCUCGGGAGCGUCAUCACGCAAGAAGGUCGAGCUUUAUUUUUCCCCAAUAUUUAUCAGCAUCGAGUUGAACCCUUUGAGCCAGCUGACAAGACUCGCCCUGGCUAUCGCAAGAUUGUCGCUCUGUUUCUUGUUGACCCAGUCAUCCAGAUCAUCUCGACAGGCAACGUGCCCCUUCAACAAAAGCAUUGGUGGAAGGAUGGGCUCAGGGACUCAGAACCGCUUAAUUGCCUUCCUAGCGAAACCAGAGAUGCAAUAACUCGGGAGGUAGGCUAUCCUUAUGGAAUAGAUGAAGCAAGACUGGUUAGAGAAGAUUUGAUAUCAGAGCGAAAGGUUGUGAACAGCGACGACCUCAGACAAUGGGCUCAGAUGCCAAACCUCCGUGAUCGAGUUCAAGGACCUCUCACACCCUACUCUGAAUGGAAAUGA